AUGUAUUAAAAAUAUUUAAUACAUUUAAUUCUAAUAACAUGUUUUUGGAUCUAAAUAUAUUUUAUAUAAACAAUUUAUCAAUAAAUUAAUUAAUUAAUAAAAAAAUUAUUCAGCAAUCUCAUUUCUCCCCUGAUUAUUUUAUUUAAUAGGCAACUUGAAAAUCCUGGUUUUUCAAAAGGAUAAACUUUCUAAAAUUUGAAGGAUAUGGAUUUAAUGUGUCUUAAAAAUAAUAGGCAAUAUAUUUUGGCUAAAUAGUAGAUCGGUAUAAUUAAAGAAACGUCAGAUUUUUCAGUUUAUCGAAUAAAACAAUACAACUGGGUUUAUACAAUUUCAACAAUAGAUUACUUUUAUACUUUUAUAGCCAAUCCAUUCGGAAUAACUUGUUGUAGUAUUUUGAGUGACCCCUUGAAGUUAUGGGUAUAACUUAAAUUGAUAAUCAUAAUGGUAUUGGAUGUUUACACAAAAACGAACGAGGAAGAUAACGAAUUUCCACAAUUUUAAUGCUUUUAGGUUUAAAUUAUUGCGACAGACAUAAAAACUUGA